AGCUGCUCCCUGCGGAUCCAGAAAUACAGGUGAGCCAGAGACGCACCUGCUCAGGAGAACAGCAGUGUUUCCUGCAAACUCGGAACAUACAGAAAGCUCCGGCUUUUCCACCAUGAACAGGACCCAGCUGAAGCGGUCCAGCAUCCUGAGGAUGGCCCUGAGCGGCUCGGAGAGCCCGGAGCAGCAGGAGGAGGUGUUCCUGGUGCGGGCUGGCCGCAUCGCGGGGGUGGUGGUUCUGUACUGGUCCGUGUCCAUCACCAUGGUGUUCCUCAACAACUUCCUGCUGGACAACCGGGACCUGGAGGCCCCGCUGUUCAUCACCUUCUACCAGUGCGUGGUCAGCGUGCUGCUGUGCUGGGUCCUGCAGCUGCUGGCCCGCCUGCAGCCCGGGGCCAUAGACUUCCCCAACCUCAGGUUCGACCUGAAGACGUCCCGGGAGGUGCUGCCUCUGUCCCUGGUCUUCAUCGGCAUGAUCUCCUUCAACAACCUGUGCCUGAAAUACGUGGGAGUGGCCUUUUACACCAUCGGCCGGUCCCUCAGCACGGUGUUCAACGUGCUGAUGUCCUACUUCAUCCUGAAACAGACCACAUCGCUGCAGGCGCUCGUGUGCUGCGGAAUCAUCCUGGGUGGAUUCUGGCUCGGAGUAGACCAGGAAGGCAUGGCAGGGUCCCUCUCGUGGACAGGUGUGUUUUUCGGGGUGCUGGCGAGCGCCUGCGUGUCUCUCAACGCCAUCUACACGAAGAAGGUGAUGCCUGCCGUUGACGGGAACAUCUGGAAACUGACCUACUACAACAACGUCAAUGCCUGCGUCCUCUUCCUUCCGCUCAUCUUCGUGUUUGGGGAGUUUAACCGAUUGCUCACCUUCAGCUACCUGGCCGACCCCAACUUUUGGGGAAUGAUGACACUGGGAGGGGUGUUCGGUUUUGCCAUCGGCUACGUCACGGGCCUCCAGAUCAAGUUCACCAGCCCGCUCACACACAACGUCUCAGGUACGGCAAAAGCUUGUGCACAGACUGUUAUCGCAGUGGCGUACAACUCGUCCAGUAAAAGCCUGCUGUGGUGGACCAGUAACAUGAUGGUUCUGUGCGGCUCAUCGGCGUACACGUGGGUCAGAAGUCGAGAGAUGAAGAAGAUCCCCCAGAAAGUCCCUCAAGAUUCAGCCAAGGAACUUUUACUCCAAGGGGAGAAGGGAGACGGGGGGUCUAAUGCGUGAAAGAAAGCUUAAGCUUUUCUCUGUGUUCUGUUAAGAACAAAGACUUUAGCAGCUGAAAUAACUGUGAUGAGAGUUUGUUAAAGGGUUUUAAAGCAACACGCAUGGGCAAAUUCGAUGGUGCCCUUCAAUUAAAGAAAAAACCCAGAAAGAUCCCUGAAAUGACUCAAACUAAGAUAAUUUACAGAAAAUGGAUGAAUGAAAUGGAUGAACCAGGCAUUGCUUAUUAGUUGUAGUUUAAAAAAAUGAUAAAAAAUGUAGAAAUGAUAAAUAAACUGUCCCAAUUACCUCUUAGAAAAAUGUGAAAAUAAUUGGAUCAUAGUGACAUGUUAAACUAAAGUGUGUCCUGUAAUUAACAUCACAGGUGGCUUCAGUCAGACUAUGGAAAGGGUGAAAACAUGUCACUCCGCUCUUUUCACCACACUGACCGUGGACCAGAGAGAGUUGUCUGAGGAGAUCAGGAUGAAGAUUAUAGGCGAGCAUGUUAUCGGUAAAGGUUAUAAGACCGUCUUUAAGCAGCUUGUGUGACCACAGCUGCACAUUUUAUUCAGAAGUUUAGGGUUCAUGUGAUUGUAGCCAACCUCCUUGGACGUCGUUGUGAGAGGAAACUUAAUGACAAAUUAGAAGAGACGGAUAAUGUGAACGGUAACCAGAGAGCCCAGAAAAACUUUCAAAGGGAUUCAAAGUGAAUUACUUCGAUUAAGUACAUCAAUGUUGAUUGCGCCAUCUGCCACCGUUUAGCCAAAGAGCGGAGGAGGACUCCAUUGUUGAAAGCGAAUCGUAAAAACAAGUCAGAUUGGAAUGUGCUUUGUGGCAAGUCCACAUUAUUUCUACCUUCACAGAUGCAAAAAAUGAAGCAUUCAAAGGGGAAGAGAACACACUAUACCUAUAGUCAGAUACGGAGGUGUGUUGGUUAUGUUGCGUCCAGCAAAGGGCGUUGAAUCUGUGCACGUACAAUGAAGUUUCAAGACUAUCAAGGCAUUCUGGAGCGAAGCGUGGCUCACAUCAUCACUCCAAGCUUAAGGUACAUGAAUGUCGCUCUACUCGUAUGAGCCAAAGUGAACUAACAGCGAGGAGGACUGGCUGAUCCACUCCUGAGCAGAACCGCUCCAGCUGUCUCAGGUCUGAAGGUCGUCUUCGGCAGGUUGCAUGUGCAGAUUGCACAUUUUCACACACAAGCUUCGUGGCUUGUUAGCUAAAUAAAAAUGUCCUCACGUCUUGACUCACACAUUGAUAGAUGAUGGGGUACCAAUUUAUUUGUCCAGGCCAGUUUCAUUAGUUUGUCUGUUUUUUUUUUGUUGUUGUUUUUUUUACUUAUUCUGUUGAACCUCCAUGAGUAAGCACUGUAGUCCAAUUUUCACGUUAUUUCAGUGACUGUUGUAGGUUUUUCUUUAAUUGAAGGUUACCAACACAUUUGUCCAUGUGUGUAUUUAUAUCUUUAUGGGGGCCUUUCUGCAUUUAUUUAAAAAAAAAAAAAGAAAAGAAAAAAAAGCUACUGGGUUAUGAAGUUUUUUUCUUUUUUACUUUUAAAUUAUUUUACCUUCACUAAAUGAGUAAAUCAUAUUUACUUAAGUGGAUGAAUGUAUUUUUAAGAAAUACUUUAAAAAAUAUCUGAUCACAAUGGAUUUGUUUAGACGUCUUUUUUUCCAGUUUUGUUUGUUUUUUUUCUAAUGGUUUUGGGUAACUGAUAUUGGCCUCAUUAGACGUUACUGAGGUCACGUCAGUAAACAGCUUUUCUGUGAUAUCUUCCUGUUAAGGUAACAUAAGCCGGCCCAAGUCGACAAACCUGACCAGCCGUUUAUAUGAUUGACUUUUAACUUGUGGUGUAGGAUGAGGCGGGAAACGCAUCACGGGAAGAAGUUUAAUUAUCUGUAAAGCUUUGAAUAACUGUAAGUAUUCAAAAUAAAGCUUUAGAUUGUCCUUGAA